AUGGACAAUCUAAAGUCAGACUUUACUACCUCACACUGCUUACAAGUGGUAGAAAUAGGUGAAAAACUCCAAGGAAAAUGUCUCAGAAAUGUCUGCCCUGCUAGACUUUCCUGCUACUGUGUAAUAAUCUUCUUCUUUACUGUAGCUACAAUUGCAGUUUGUGCUACUUUGCUGUUGAGAGUGAGAUCUGGCAUUGAGUACCAUAGACCUUGCUAUGCCACCUGCCCAAGAGAAUGGAUUGGAUUUGGAAGCAAAUGUUUUUAUUUUUCUGAAGACAUAAGAAACUGGACAUCCAGUCAGACCUCUUGCAUGGCAUUAGAGGCCCAUCUAGCUAAAUUUGAGAGCCUGGAGGAGCUGAAUUUCAUGAAGAGAUACAAGGGGCCUUCUGAUCACUGGAUUGGCCUGCACAGAAAGUCAGCACAUCACCCUUGGAAGUGGACAGACAACACUGAGUAUAACAGCUCGGUUCUCACCCGAGGAGAAGGGGAAUGUGCCUACCUGAGUGACAGUGGGAUCAGCAGUGCUAGGGACUACACUCCUAAAAAGUGGAUUUGUAGCAAAUCCAACAGAUAUACCUAA